AUGCGUGUUUGCACGCUGUUCUGUUUGCGCGGAGCGGGAACGGUAAGCGGUCACCUUUCUCAGCAGUUGAGAAAUGGUAUUUGUAGCAGACAAGUUGCACCGGUCGUGCAUCCGCCCGGAAACCUCGAACUCCCUCAGCUUGAGACUCAGGCCGGCAGAGGCGGAGUGUCCGCCGCAGGGAUUGCCUUGUCACUCUAUGUCUGUCCCUUCUCACCGGUCUUGCUCGUGCUGCCGUGUGCUUGCCUGGCCUACAACCAGCAACCUCGCACGCAAAGAGCCAAAGACGACCGCACAAACUGCAUCGAGUAUGAAGCAUUGACUUUGACAAAGGGCAACGUCAUCAACAUUGGCUUCCUCCUCUACUGCGCUUGCUUCGUGGCAGUCGUCUUCGGCUCCUUUGCGUGCCUUCUGGGAGCGUCGAUGGCUGCCAUGGCCGGUGAGCUCCAGUUCUUAGAGGCCGCGUUCUUGUCAGUACUCAGCAUACGCGACCUGACGCCGAACACUGGCUUUUUCUGGUACUUUUUCAUUGAGGUCUUUCAGCGCUAUUACUUGCUUUUCGUCUUUGCGUUCCACGCCCAUGUUCUUUUCUACCCAGUCCCUCUCCACCUCCGUCUAGGGAGCUAUGCGCCGACAGGGCCCUUCAUCCACUGCAGCGCUGCGAUUGGCAUGAUUGCGCUCUUCAAGCCCUAUCCCACGGCCAGCGACUAUGCGUUGAUGGUGUCGGCCAUGCUCGUUCAAGCGGAGCUCAUCCGAGAGAGCCAGCACUACUUCGCAUUUCUUCUGAGUGGCGUCAUGUUUGGCCUUUCGAUGGUUCCGACGAUGGUGGCAGUAUGGUUGGGCAGAAAUGCAGGCAAUGCAAACUAUCUGUACAACAUGACACUCGUAGUGAAUGUCUUCGCAUCCCUGACUCUGUCAGAAUGGGUCAAAGCCGGUAUGCGGUUGCGAAAACGGCAAUUCCGCUUGGCCUUCUUUCGUGAGCUUCUCCUCAGUCUGGCUGACGAGGUAGCAGCCAACCCAGCUUCUGUCAAGGAGAAGGUGUCAGUUCCAGCUCCUGAUGCUGAUACGGCAGUGACGUAA